AUGCUGGGCCCUUACAAGAGUUGGAACGGAGAACAGAGCCUUCAGGAGCGACGACGUGUAUGUGAGGUCAAUGUGAUUAUAAGGGACGGGGACACCGGCGGUCCUGUACGAGGGGCUAGAGAACCCUUGCAGGGCAGGUACGAAGAGGGUGUCCUGCGGGGAAGGCGCGUUGGGGUCACAGAUGCUCCCAACCUUGACUCUCUGGUUUUCGAUGUAAGACCGGAGAAAAAAUAUGAGAAUAGAAGUGGCGGUGGCUUUGUCUCGGGAGUCUAUGAGGUCAGUAGCAAGACUCUGUUAGAGAGGGCAAGACGGUUCGGUGUGACAGACCCACCCAAAGCAGCUCCUACGCCAGAAGCUAUCAAGAAACUGUACAAGAGUUUAGAUGUUAAAGAUGAAGACUUCACACGAGGUCGUUAUCGAGCGGAUGCCAUAUACAUGCGAGGGACAGAGGAAUUGAGUACUCAAGAUGUGUUUGAUUAUUUCCAAGCAUACGCUCCCGCAAAUAUCGAAUGGAUAAACGAUUAUAGCUGUAAUGUGGUGUGGCUGGACGCAGCUGGACCCGUGCGAGCUCUCAUAGGCUUGUCCUGCCCGAUUCUACCUCGUGAAGUAGACCUUAAGAAGAGCCGGCGUGCAAAUAAAGUUAAAUCAAGUAAAAAAUCGCGUGACAUGUCAACGGACAGUGAAGGCGAAGAACCAAAGAAGGUAAAGGUGAAAAAGGAGAAGAAGGAGAAGAAAAAAGCCGCCAAAAGCAAGACAGGAGGAGGGAGCAGCAGCAGCAGUUCGAGCAGCAGCAGCAGCAGCGAGAGCGAUGGCGAGAGCUCCUCCUCCAGCUCCUCCUCCAGCAGCAGCAGCAGCAACAGCAGCGGGAGCAGCAGCAGCAGCAGUAGCAGUUCCAGCUCUACGGAGGACGAGGCGCAAGGCACCAAGGAGAAGACCAAAAAGAAGAAGAAAAAAGUCAAAGUGAAGGUGGAGAAGAUGGACGAGGAUCCAGUGGUCGUCGGAGGGGAGGAAGAGAGUAGCAUAACAACAGAAGACGUGGCAGUCCCUGUACCUCCUGGCAGAUGGAGACUUGGGGUGCCCUGCCCACGGACCAAAGCCAUUCUACUGCGCUUUGCUAGUAAUAAGGACAAGAAAGAAGAAGGUGCAGAGAGAAAGUCUGAAUAUUACCGCAAACACGGAAAUCCUAACUAUGGGGGUAUCAAGGGUCUUUUAAGCGAGAGUGGGCGAAGAAGAAUGCGAGAGGCCCAGAGGAGACGAGAACUGGAGGAACAGCGGAACAAGCGCAUAGAUCUGGACAACCCCAAGAACCCGUGGGGGAUGCUGGCUCAAAACUGGGGUCGUAAGGAGAGCCAGGAGGAGGACAGAAUUGAUUAUCAGGCACUGUUGCGGAAGCAUACCAAAGUUGUAUCCCAGAAGAGGAAACGCGAGGAUGACAGUGACUAUGAAGAUAUGUUGGGUGGUUAUCAGGAGGAGGAUUCUAAACAAGGAAGUGACGACAGUGAUGACAUAGUUCCGUGGAACAGGAAAAUCAAGAGUCCGAGGAUGAAGAUGUACGCUGACGCAGAGCAGAAGAAGCAGAGCCAGAGGUCAAGCACAGAUCUGCGCAGCCGACUCUCAGGUGGAAAGUUCCGCGGGGGUGUUAGCAUCCAGGACAGACUGCUGGAUGUACGCAGCCCAGCUAGGGGUGGGGAUGCCAGGAAUAAGUUAGAUCUACGUGCAAAGCUCACGAGCAAGCGGAGACGAGAGCCUGUUUCUGUAGAAGUGGACAAUGACCGUUACUACCGCUUGAUUGCCAGUGACGAAGAUUAAGAGACGUAGGCACUUAUUUUCACAAAUGUAGUGAAAGUAAAAACAAAAAAGAAAAAAAAAGAUUAAUGUGUAUUGUAAUUUUUUUUUCUUUUUUUUUUUUUAGGAUGGGGGAAGGUGGCAAAUCUCUAGGAGGAGGAAUUUUUUUUUUCUUUAUAUCUCAACUACUUGCUCAUUUUUUAUAUUUAUUUAAGGUUUCUGUAAAUAGUGACAGGGCUAGUCAUCCUCUUUGGUGGCUGCCUUAGCUCAUUGAAAAUCAUUCUGGGAAUUCACUUCAUUGUACGCACCCAAGUACAGUCUAUACAAUCACAUUAUUGCGAGUUGAGACAUUAAUGAGGAGUACAUAGAGUUGAAAAGGGUACUGUUGUUCAUUAAAGUCUUAGUUGUCCUUUGAGGUAAAAGGUGUCAAAUGUCAUUGGCCAGUGGAAAUGUAUCGUACGUUCUAAUUACUUACUGGAAUAAUUUGAUCUUGCGUUGUAAAGAUUUAAGUAUGUAAAAGGGAAGAAAAAAAUUGAUAGAUAAAAAUUUAUUUUUAAUAAGCAUUAUCGUGUGUAAUUUUCGACGAACUUGUUGCUGGUACGUUUUAUCAGAGCAAGUACAAAGGAGUAGUGUAUAUAUCUAGGCCACUUGUAUGCGGAUUUCCUUCCUGUAUUAUAAGGUUUCCCCUGUGAGAGAUGAGAUGUAUUUAUUAAAUUAGUCCUUUGACGUUUUUGACAUGCCAUAAAAGAAAAUAAAAAGAAGAAAAAAAGGGAGCAUUGUAAAAAAGACUCUUUUGUAUCAAGAGAUGAUAAUGUAUAGGUAUCAGAGUUGAAUGAAAUAUAUAUUAAAUGCUAAGUGUUCUUUGUGAAAAGUGAAAAAGUGUUGAUGUAAAUAUGUUUACCAUGCUCAGUCUUUCUUAUUGUACAUUUGUGAAUGUGCUUUUUCUGUAAAAAAAAAGAAAAAAAAAGAAUAAUUGAAGGAACAUAAGAAAUAACUUUCGAUGAAUAAAUUUUACACAGUAGUUUUUAAGAUUAG